AUGUCAACCUCACUAAAUCUUCCCACAUCUGGUCAUUUGGAAUCUAUAACCAACACCUAUAUUAUCUCACCAACUCAAAUCUAUUCUGACCAAAACCCCACUCAAGAAACCCGAAAAGCUAUCACAGGAAUUGUCAAUGACUUCAACAAAAAGCAAGUUGAAGAAUCUGAACAUACAGGUAAAGUGGUAAGGGAGUUUGAAAUUCAAGGGGAAGAAGUAGUGGAAGGUGAGAAGGUGAAGGAAAAACAAAGUGAAAAGGAAAGUGGUAAUACAAAUAUUGUUGGUAUUGAUGUGCAGAACAUGAAUGGCCUUUAUAAAGAACUGGGAAGAGAGAAUGUUAGUGGUGGUGUAGAAACAACGGAAUCCCUAGGCCAACAAUCGGGUUCUUCUGUUGCUGGUGAGGACGUAGAGGUUGGAAAAGAAAGUGUUGUAGGAGAUAAUUCUAGAAAGGUGGUUGAAGGGUUGCAAGAACUUGAGGAAGUUGACUUAGUGAGUGAGGAAGAUAAGAAAGAAGAGGAGGAAGAUGAGGAGGUUCCUCUUCAGAAGGAAGAAAAGGUGAAGGCUGGAUCAUCUUCAGCCACACCUAAAAAGCAGAGGAAUCCCAAAAAAAAGCAGAUGAGUCUGCAGAAAAAUAUCCAGUUCCUACGCAAAAAGAAACUAAGAAAAAGAUUGUUGUUGUGGGCAUAG